AUGGGAAAUCGCUUGAACAAGUCCACUAAGAGCUUCAACACGCUUGCCUCACGAAAUGGGGUUUAUAGGUGUACGCGAACUAGAUCGAGCUCCUCUACAGAAGACUUGGUCGAGUUAGACAACAACAUAGGCAAAAGACAGAGAAAGAAGAGUCAGAGGCAACAAGCUGAGACAGAGGUGUUUGUUACAGAUACAAUGGCUGAUCCAGAGGGUAAUGGAAAUCCUUUGGGUAAUGGGCAGGGUCGAGCUAGGCAGACUCGACCGACUAGACUUGGAGAUGCCCCAAGCCGCCAUCAGCAAAGACAAGGGAUUGUCCCUCCUCCUGUUCAGAACCACAAUUUCAAAAUCAAGCUGGGAAUGUUCAAUCUUGUGCAGAACAAGAUGUUCCAUGAGCUGUCUAGUGAAGACCCAAUAGACCAUCUUAAUGAGUUUGAUAGGUUGUGUGAUCUGACCAAGAUCAAUGAUGUCUCUGAAGAUGCCAUCAAGCUGAGACUCUUCCCUAUGUCCCUUGCUGACAAGGCUCACCAAUGGGAGGAGAGCCUGCUCCAUGGUUCGAUCACUACAUGGGAUGAGUGCAAGAAGGCCUUUCUUGCUAAUUUUUUCUCAACUGGUUGCACAGCCAAGCUAAGAAGUGAGAUAUCAGGCUAUACUCAAAGAAAACAAUGA